AUGCAAUACGUGCGCAACCUGAGCGAUUCCGUCUCGACAGCAUGGAACUCCAUCAACCCGGCCACCCUUAGCGGCGCCAUCGAUGUCAUUGUCGUCGAGCAGGACGAUGGCUCCCUCUCCUGCUCUCCUUUCCACGUCCGCUUCGGCAAGUUCUCGCUCCUACGACCCUCGGACAAAAAGGUCGAGUUCCACGUCAAUGGCUCCAAGCAGCCCUAUUCCAUGAAACUCGGCGAAGGUGGCGAGGCCUUCUUCGUUUUCGAAACCACAGACAACAUCCCACAGUCGCUCCAGACUUCUCCUCUGGUAUCCCCCGCCUCCAGCCCGGCGAGCAGUCCGCCUCUCAAUCCCGAGCAAUCCCCGCCAGGCUUGCAGGAACCUGAGCUCCUCGACCUUGAUGGAGACGGCUUGAAGCCUCGUCGUCCGCCGCCUGCGAUCCUAUACACCCAACGCGAUGAGAAUGGCAUGAUCACUCCCGUCUCCCGCUCUCCCGGCCAAGUGAGCUCCCGACCCUCUUCCGGCGACUGGACCUCGACCAUCCAACGACCACACAGCGAUGACAUUCUACGACAAUCCGCCCGAGCGCAGACCCGUGAAGGCGAGGGCUCUGCCGCCGGUGAGAGCCCAGAUGCUUCCGAGAGGUCCCACAGUCCUCCACCUCUUGCCACAACGGAGGCAAUUGAGCGUGCCAUAGCUCUCUCCCGAGAGCUGUCCGCUGCCAACAUUCCGAGCGAGGUGACUGAGAACGGAGAUCUCAUGUUGGAUAUGUCGAAUUUCAAGAACAACGAUGAGGACAUCCUUCGAGCAGAGAUUCUUGCCCGAAAGAUCCUCUCCGAAGAGCUCGAUGGCAACUACGACAUUGGAGCUCUAUUUGGCUUCGAUGAGCAGGGCAACCUGUGGAUCUACAGCAGCGAGAGGGCCAAGCAAGACGCCAUGAACAAGACAAUCGAGUCGUCUCUGCAGUCCCACCGACAUACCGUGGCGGCCGAUGCUGCUUCAGAUCCUGGCUACCAGAGCGACGGCAGCGACAUCACCACGAUGCCUCUUCUAGCUUCGCAUCGUCGAACCGAGUCGGAUGCUGGUCCUAUGGACAUGCAAACACCUCCCCGGACUCCUCCCGGCUCUUCGGGCCAUGCAGGAGAUCCUAACAGGAACUACGCCAAAACCCUCCGGCUGACUAGUCAGCAGCUAAAGGAUCUGGAACUUCAACCGGGAGAGAACAAUAUGAGCUUCACCGUUAACCGAGCUACCUGCUCGGCAAAAAUGUUCCUCUGGAAACAUGAAACUCCCGUAGUCAUCUCUGACAUUGACGGCACCAUCACAAAAUCAGAUGCCUUGGGUCAUGUUCUGAACAUGAUCGGGCGUGACUGGACCCAUUCAGGUAUCGCCAAGCUCUACUGCGAUAUCAUAGCCAAUGGCUACAACAUCAUGUAUCUGACAAGUCGAUCCGUUGGCCAGUCAGAUAACACCAGAGCGUACCUCGCCAACAUCGUUCAGGAGGGUUGCAAGAUGCCCCCUGGCCCGACAAUUCUCUCUCCCGACCGAACCAUGGCGGCUUUGAGACGUGAGGUCUACCUGCGCAAGCCACAGGUUUUCAAGAUGGCUACUCUUCGAGACAUCCGCAACCUGUACGGGCCGGAUCGGACCUGCUUCUAUGCUGGGUUUGGCAACCGAUUUACAGACCAGAUCUCGUACCGAACUGUGGACGUACCCAGAAAUCGCAUCUUCACCAUCAACACCAAUUCUGAAGUAUCCCUCGACCUCCUGAGUCUUAACAAGCUCAAGAUGAGCUACGUCAACAUUAACGAGGUUGUGGAUCAUUAUUUUCCUCCGGUCAGCACGUUGGUUACGGGUGGUGGUGAGGAGUAUACCGACUUCAAGUACUGGAGAGACGACCCUCUCGCCAUGGACGACUUCUCCGCAAGUGAGAGUGAUGAGGAUGACGGUGAGGAUGAAGGCGAGGACGAGGACGAUGAUAUCGAAGACGGCCCGGCCAGCGUGUACGAUGAUGAAGAGGAGGAACAGGAUGAUGAGGUUGACGAUGCCCUUGCCGACAGCUACAUGUCUCGCGCAUCUAUAGACGAGUUCGUCGAGGCGGAGAGUGUGCUGAGCGGCAGCGUCGAUGAGGAGCGGAUGAUCGCAUCAAUGAAGCAAGACCUCGAAGAAGCGGAUGCACAGCAACACCAAGAAGCGGGCGACUAUGGUGAAAAUGAGGAACCUGUCCCCAAGCUUGAAAACAGCGCUCAGCCCGAUGGAGCCUCCACAAGACGCAAAUCGAUUGUUGAGGAUUUCUCCGCUGAGCGCAUAACGGGGGUUAGUCGUCUAUCCGUGGAAAAGAAACGUCAAUCAUAA